AUGGAUUUAGAUGAAAAUGAAGAAGAGGACGCUUUGGAUUCAGAUCGAAUUGUUGAAGAAAAAUAUGAAGAGAGAAAUGACUUAUGUAAUAUUGACUCGCCCAGAUUGGACGAAGACGAUGUAAUAUUUGUUAGCGAUGUGACAAAAGAGGAACUAGACGAACUGAUCAAUAAUAUGGAAGAAGUACCAUCAAAGGAUGAAAUUAUAAAAAUGUGGAAACGCGCAUAUGCUCUGGAAGGACAAGAAUUUUACGAAAUGAUAGAUGGUUUAUUCGAAUAUUACGAAGAGUUAAAGGGAAAACAUCAAGUAGAAGAAGAACCUGCUUUCAGUCUUUGGAGUGAAGUUAUGUCCAGAUGUUUUGAUGUACUAGCAGAGAGGGAGCAAGAAUACAGUAAACUUUUCAACGGCUUCAUCUUGAAAGAUGAGUUGACCAAACAUGAAUUUAUGAAUUUCUUGAACAAUUGCAAGAAGGAGGCUGCUGAAUUCAGGGAAUCUUUAGAAACCUUUGCGAAGAAAGAAUUCGAAGCAGAAAUUAUCCCAGAGGAAGAAGGCAACUAA